AUGGCGGAAAUCGCAGCCUCCCAAGCGCUGAUAGCGCAAAGGCGCCUGAAGUUCCGCUUCAUGAUGCACGAUGCCUGGGAGAAUGCUCUCUUCGUGCACUGGCCUGUGCCGCCCGAAGUCGUGGCGAAUUUGCUGCCGAGGGGCCUGGAGCCCGAUGUUCUGGAAGGCUCUGCCUGGGUGGGUUUGGUGCUCCUCACGGAGCGUGGCGUCUCUGCCGCGCACCCCUUGGGCCGCGCAAUUGUGCGCCCAAUCGACCACCUCGGUGCCAAUGUCA